AUGAGGAACAAACUGUGGCUCCAGAGUAUUUCCUUCUUCCUUUUAUUCCAGUACACUACGUGUUGUGAAAACCUCACUUGUUUCGUGGACUAUGUACAGACCCUGUCCUGUAUCCUGAGAAAUGACUUGGGUGCCAGUUCAUAUAACCUCACUGCAACAUGGGUUCCUGAGCAAGAUCCAGAAAAUACUGUGACUGCCUGCAGACUCCUGCAAUUGUCCAGGAAUACCAGUCACACGCAGUACAUGUGCACUGUGGACAUGACUGCACUCUUGGCAGAUUUCAAAGUCCAAGUGGAUGUUACAGAGAUAGCUGAUAGGCAGCAUGUGAUUUCCAAAGGCUUUUAUAUGGCAGACAACAUCAAACCACAGCCUCCAUUCAAUCUGACAGCUGUGUUCUCAGAGGGUUACAAUAUUUCGUGGGAAACCAUCUACCAGAACUCUCCUUUCUACUUUUUGGAUGAGGAGCUGGAAUAUCAGCUACGCUACAAGAGAAGGACCGACACCUGGGAGACUCAGAAGACUAAAGCUGUCCAUGAAGAUAAACGGACACUGGUGAUCCUGCCAUGGGAACUCCAAGCAAACACUGAGUAUGAGUUCCAAGUGAGAGCCAGACCCCGAGAAGGCACUGGCUACCAUGGAUUUUGGAGUGAAUGGAGUCCUCCACUGAUACUGAAAACCAGCCCAGGGGCAGUGACACAGACAGCAGGUGUAGGAUGGCUGCUGCUGUUUGGUGUUAUCGUGGCAAUCACUGCCUCAGUCACAACCUUUCUGGCCAAACAGCAGAGCUUGUGGAAGAAGAUGGUUUGCAUCCCAGACCCUGCUCCCUUUUUCAAACCUCUUUACCUGGUGCAUAAUGGAGAUUUCAAGAAGUGGGUUGGUGCAUCCCAUACGAAAACAACCCUUGAUUUCUUUGAGUGGGGAAUAGUCCUGCCAGAAGUCCUAGAAGUUUACACCAUGAGUCCUUGCAACAGCACCUCACGGGAGGAGUUGUGUGAGCUGAGAAACGACCUGCCUUGUAAGCCCUGUGUGUCUUGCCGGACUGCCCCAGGUCAGGGUAACCAGUCCCUGCUGUCUAGUGCGAACAGUAGCAGUGGGGCUCGGGACCGGUCAUAUGGGCAUUUGUCCAUUGAUACCGUUACUGUGGCUGAUGAAUUUACACUUUGUAACUGCCAGUGCAACUGUAACCGUGCAUACAGGGGACAUGAUCGUACCGGCGAGGAAGACAGUAGUGCUGGAGAAACUGCUUACCCCAAGGUAAACGUUGAUAAUGAAGACAAGAUAUCCAGUGACUUGCAUCUAGCUGACCUGAGCACACAGGAUAAAAUACUUGCUUCAGGAGCUGUGUCUACAGACCACCUGAGGAGUACAAGUGUCCCAGCCGACCAGCAAGUAGAAAGGUCUUUGGAAGGAGGGAUGGGGAGCAUCCUAGAAGCCCUUUGCUUGCAGCCUAAUCAGUGGGAUUUGGAAAGUCCGGCUUCUCUACCUUCUCCUGAUGGUGAAAGUGUUUCCUACAGUGAAGGCUCCUAUGGCUUCUUUCCUCACAUUGCAAGGCCUGGUGACAGUUACCCUAUGAUCUGCGUAGAUUUGGACACUAUUGAUAGUGGCUUUGUGGACUCGGACUGUGGGAGUCCAGUUGACUCUGAAUUUGAGCAAAACAGUCAGACUAACUGUGGAUCCAUCCCACUUGAGCAGGAGGGGGAGGACUUUCCACGGAGCUAUGUCAAGCAGUGGGUCUCCUGUUGCUCUGACAGCCCUGUCAAUGGGACACAGACAAACUAAGGACUUGAUGUUGCCUUGCAGAGUGUAGGGUGUUUUCCAUGCUGUGCCAGGAGCAAAGUGUUGGCAAAAUUCAGAAGA